UAAAAUAGCGUUUGACAAAAAUAAUCAAAGGGAGGGGGAGUACAGUAAUCAAAAUGGUGUUACAAUGAUGAGAAAGAGAGACAAAAGUGCGCGCAGGAUAAGCACGUGGGCACCUCCAUUCUCGUUUCAGAAUGGCAUGGCUAUCCUCACUCAUAUAAUUAAACCACAUUCUUCUUCAACUUAAUCAUUAAUCUUAAAUUUUCUUCUUUAACAAAAAGCAGUGGUUUCUGUUUUUCAGGUUAAAUUUUCUUAAUGAAUGAUUAACCGAUUCUGCCUCUGGAGGGUGUCAAAAGUCUUAUAUAUACAUAUAUAAUUUAUAUUUCAGUGUUGAGUUUUUUUUUUUUUUUUACCGUGUUUAAAAUGAUUCACUUGGCGGAAGGAAGUCUGUUAGUGAGUUUUGAUUCUUUGUUUUCAUGUCCAAAUCAGCUUGGAUUAUGGAAUUUGACUGAGAGGUCGUAACUUUGGAGUGUUUGAUCAUCUGGGUUUCCGUCUCUUGGACUAUUUAUGCUAUAAAUUCUAUACAUUUAAUUCAAUCUGUUAUAUUACACCCAAAAUAGUAAACUCUUUGCUAUUCCUUUUCCCUCCUAUCUCCUCUCCCCUAAACGUAAAUCUUUCUUUCUUUCUUCUUUAUUUUCCCAUUUUGAUGAAUUCUCUUUAGCGAGUCUAGGUCUAUUUGUGUAAAAUUAUAGUUGAGGUUCUGAGCCUCGGAAAUUUAAUACAUACAGGAUUGAUUGGUCUUGACUCCAGAGUGGGCUUUUGUCUGGAGAACAUUAUAUGGUUGCUAUUGUUGAAACUUUUUGUGGCAUCUUAUCUACUAAAGAGGGAAUGUUUGAUAAGUCAUGAAGUUGGUUUUUCUGAGUCCAUUAGACAGAUUCUGGUGAAGUUUAUACGUUAACAGAGAAGAAAGAAUCAAAGAAUUAGUCAUGAAGUUUAUGAAACUUGGAAUUCGGCCGGAUACCUUCUACACUGCUGAGGCUGUAAGGUCAGUCUCUUCUGAAGUCUCUAGUGAUCUCAUAAUCCAAGUGAGAGGAAGUAGAUAUCUGCUUCACAAGUUUCCUUUGUUGUCCAAGUGUUUGCGGCUGCAGAGGCUAUGCUCUGAGUCCCCUGAAACCUCACAACAUCAAGGAGUCCAACUUCCUGAUUUUCCAGGUGGUAUUGAGGCUUUUGAACUCUGUGCAAAAUUUUGUUAUGGAAUAACAAUCACCCUAAGUGCCUACAAUAUUGUAGCUGCACGAUGUGGUGCCGAAUAUUUGCAGAUGACUGAAGAUGUUGAGAAGGGGAACUUAAUAUACAAGCUUGAGGUUUUCUUCAAUUCCUGCAUCCUUCAUGGGUGGAGGGACUCCAUUGUGACCCUUCAGACCACAAAAGCUUUGCCUUUAUGGUCAGAGGACCUUGGAAUCACAAGCAGAUGCAUCGAAGCAAUUGCUUCUAAAGUGCUAACUCAUCCCUCGAAGGUGAGUUUGUCUCGUAGUUAUUCUAGCAGAUGUAGAGAUGAUAUUUCUUGUAAUAAUGGAGGUGAGAGUCAGAGGCAUAAACCAGCUAGUAGCAAAGGUUGGUGGGCUGAAGAUAUGGCAGAAUUAGGCAUAGACCUUUACUGGAGAACCAUGAUAGCCAUUAAAUCUGGUGGAAAGAUAACCUCUAACCUCGUCGGCGAUGCAUUGAAAAUCUAUGCAUCUAGAUGGCUACCUAACAUUUCCAGAAAUGGAAAUAUCAAUAACCCAGAGCCAUCAGACUCAGAUUCAGAUUCAGCCAAUGAGGUCACCUCAAAGCAUAGGCUCCUUUUAGAAUCAAUAAUAAGCUUACUCCCAACAGAGAAAGGCGCUGUUUCUUGUGGUUUCCUUCUUAAACUCUUGAAGGCAUCCAAUAUUCUUAAUGCUUCCUCUUCUUCUAAGAUGGAUUUGGCUAGAAGAAUAGGACUUCAGCUGGAAGAAGCAACAGUCAGUGACCUGUUGAUACCUUCUCUAUCAUAUUCAAGUGAUAAUCUAUAUGAUGUAGACAUAGUGAUGACCAUAUUGGAACGGUUCAUGUCACAGGGGAAGAGUCCACCGACUAGCCCACCAAGAUCAAAACUUGGGUUUGAAAGGAGAAGAAGGUCUAGGUCCACAGAAAAUAUUGAUUUUGAAUUGCAGGAGAGUAGGAGAUCAUCUUCAGCAUCACAUGGUUCAAAACUGAAGGUGGCAAAGCUUGUGGAUGGAUAUCUACAGGAGAUUGCCACAGAUGUGAAUUUGCCUCUGUCAAAAUUCAUUACUAUUGCUGAGGCCAUACCAGAUUUUGCCAGGCUAGACCAUGAUGAUCUCUACGGAGCAAUUGACAUUUAUCUCAAGACACAUCCAGACUUAAGUAAGAGUGAAAGAAAAAAGUUGUGCCGGAUCCUUGACUGCAAAAAAUUGUCUAUGGAGGCAUGUAUGCAUGCUGCAAGAAAUGAGUUACUCCCGCUAAGAGUAGUGGUACAAGUUCUUUUCCUUGAGCAAGCUCGAGCCGCUAUGGCUGGUGGCAAAGUGACUGAGCUGCCUAGCAACAUAAAGGCACUGCUAGCAGGUCACAAUGUCGACCCUUCGAGGCCUCCUGCAACAUUAAGCACCAGCAGUAUCAUUGCAGCAGAGGACCAGUGGAGUAUCUCAGGCCUUAAAUCUCCUAAGCCUAGACUUUCAACUUUACGUAUGAAGCUGGCUGAAGAUGAUGAUUUAGAUGAAAAUGAUUUGAACCCAGAUGGAAUUUGCAGAGCUUCUAAGUUUAAGGCUUUCUGUGCUCUCCCUACUCGACCCAAAAAAAUGUUCAGUAAGUUGCUAUCAAUCAAUAGAAAUGGCGGCGAAAAGAAUUGAGUGAAUAAGUGAAUAAUUUUGUUUACUUUCCAGUUGUAAAAUUGAAGGGUAAUACAUAAUCUUGCUUUUUUUGCUUGGGAAAAAAGCCCUGUAAAUUCAGCUUAAAACAAAGAAUCUCAAUGUGAAUUUUUGAUGUAACCUGCUACGAUAUUGGCUCAAACUGUGUUACUAAUAA